AUGUCCUUCUUCACUUGCCUUGCCCUUCGCAGUGUGAUUCAUGCACGACCCGUGCUUGCAGUGUCCUCGAGACAGACCUUGGCGCUCCGUGCGAACUACUCGGCAGCGGCCGGUUUGUCGAAGGAAUCCAUACAGACACGCAUACUAGACGUACUAAAGGGCUUCGAGAAAGUGGACAUAGUCAAGGUCAGUAUAUUUUCUCCAAUGUCACUUUAUUGA